CGACAUCACCACUGAAGAAUAAAUUACUCCCUACCCGUCAUCCACUACUGCGAAAGACCACGUUCCUAGAACCCGCUUUGACUUUUGCAUUUCUUUUUUUCCGUUUGACAUGCAUUCAGCAAAUCUGCUGCGGUGACUUCAUUAUUGCCGCUCUCUCACUCGUCCUGCCGCCAUCAGAUAAUUUGCCUCUGUGGCCUCGGCCAAGCCAAUGUCGGCUUUUGACUUGCAAUCACCACAAUCAGACGGCUUUGUCACGGAUCCCAAUGUCCACGCUGGAUUAUCUUUGGAACAGGCGUACGAUAGGAUGGCGGGCACCAAUGCGCCCCCUGCGAAGGUAACGAAGCCUUCGGAUACGUCUUCCGAUGAAGUUCCCGUUUCCAUCGGACAAAAGAUGGUCUCUGCAGUAUCAGGCAGUCUUCUGACCUCAUUACUAGUGACUCCCUUGGACGUUGUCCGUGUCCGUUUACAGUCACAGAUGACUCCCUCCCCAAUCACCACUCUCCGAAAUCUCUCUCACAUUGACCUCCCCUCAUCAUCAAACAAACUCCCGCCAAAUCUGGGUGUCACUGCCUGCUGCCGAGAAGUCUUCUGGAUAAACAACAAUACGCAGUUCUGUUUGGCCGGACCAAGCGUAGAAAGUGUAAAGGCCGCCGCCGCUGAUUGCGCGGUCGAAGACGUUCAACGCAAGACUUUCACGUCCACCUUUGACGGACUCAAAAAGAUAGCUCGCAAUGAGGGCAUCACGACCCUCUGGAGAGGCUUGAGCCCGACAUUGCUCAUGGCAAUACCCGCCAAUGUCAUCUAUUUUACCGGCUAUGAUUCUCUCAGAUUCUCCAAGCACAGUCCUCUACGAAAUCGCGUUUCCGAACCAUACCUUCCCCUGGUAGCAGGAAGUGUUGCUCGCAUUGGCGCAGCCUUUGCUGUUAGCCCGAUUGAGAUGUUCCGAACCAGAUUACAGGCCACUCCUUCAGAUUCGACAACGAACCACUUUCGCGAAACGAUCAAAAGCCUUAGUGAGAUGGUACACAGGCAAGGCUAUGGCUCGCUGUGGAGAGGAGUUGUGUUAACUCUUUGGCGUGAUGUGCCGUUUUCUGGUCUUUAUUGGUGGGGAUAUGAAGCGGUUCGUAAGGAACUGGUCGCAAUGCGCGAACAAUCCAGGGGACAUGAGGUCGAGAGUCUCGGAUCACCCUUGCAAGCCCAUUUCCCCACGCAGAGUCAGGAGAACCAUACUGCCACCUUUGUUGACAGCUUCAUUGCUGGUGCGGCGUCUGGUGCAUUUGCCGCGCUCAUCACAACGCCAUUUGAUGUGGGCAAGACGAGACAGCAGGUCCUUCGACAUACUGGAGACGCUGCAACCACUGCUGCAUCCAAUGCUGUACGCCCAGAGGAACUUCCAAUGCUCAAGUUUUUGUGGCAUAUUUUCAGAGAAGAAGGCGCGGGGGCUCUGUUUAGAGGUUGGAUGCCACGCUGCCUGAAGGUGGCGCCUUCAUGUGCCAUCAUGAUAAGCAGUUACGAGAUCAGCAAGCGCAUUGCGCGGGAUAUCAAUGAACGGCGGGAGGAACGAAACAACCUCUAAAUAGCACGCUACGGCUGCUCUUUGAGGUCCAAAUUUAUUAAUAUCUUCUUUUUUUUUCAUCUUCCACUUUGCCCUUUUUUUGCAUUUGCGGAUACAACGACGCUUUCAUAUUCAUAUUGUACUUUAAUCAUUGGCGCGGCGUUGGUUGGAAUCGUUUUUAAUUCUCUUUUCGAGAUAUCUCUUCGUUUUAUCUGUCUCUACUCACGGGCUUGUAAGAUAGGAAUGGAAAAAGGAUAGAUGGCGAAGGGACAAUCAUGCAUCUCACGAUGUUUAUUUACGUCAUUUGUGUCUUUGAGGACUAAUAAUUUGCAAAAAGAUAAAAGUAUCAUUAAAUAUCCCUCAAAUUUCUAUUAGCACGC